AAAGCAGCAUGGAGGCUAUUACGGCAUGUUGUUAGAGCCUGCCUGCCUGCCAAAAUAGAGAGCGGAGAUUCUAGAGUUACAACAGUUAAUGGACAAAAUGAUUUCGUGUAAAAAUUUAUGUGUGUUGCGCAAACUGCCGCUCAAAGGCUGCUGCCGGCAGUACAACAGUACAGUAAUUCAAUUGCACAGCGCUGCUCUGCUGUCAGCGAGGCCUCUUAAAUGGAAGUCGAUGUCUCCUGCCGCUCUUUCAGCUGACACUAAGAGAGUCGCCUGGCAACAGAAUGCGAGAUUGCAAAUGAGAAGCAUCUACACCACGAAUUGCCUGCAGGCCAAGGAUUACUAUACGACGCUGGGAGUGCCGAAGAAUGCGAACGGCAAGGACAUUAAGAAGGCGUACUAUCAGCUGGCCAAGAAAUAUCAUCCGGAUACCAACAAGGAUGAUCCGGACGCCAGCAAAAAGUUCCAAGAGGUUAGCGAGGCUUACGAGGUGCUCAGUGAUGAUCAGAAGAGACGAGAAUACGACACCUAUGGCCAGACGGCGGAACAUAUGAAUCGACAGGGUGGCGGUGGCGGUGGCUUUGGUGGUGGACCCUUUGGACCCGAGGGCUUCUCACAGAAUUGGCAAUUCCGCUCCACCAUCGAUCCGGAGGAGCUCUUCCGCAAGAUCUUUGGUGAGGGCAACUUUCGCACGAAUAGCUUCGAUGACUUUGCCGACUCCAAGUUUGGAUUUGGUCAGGCACAGGAGCUGGUGAUGGACCUGAGCUUUGCACAGGCGGCGCGCGGUGUCAACAAGGAUGUCAAUGUGAAUGUGGUGGAUCAGUGUCCCAAGUGUGCCGGCUCCAAGUGCGAGCCGGGCACCAAACCCGGUCGCUGUCAGUACUGCAAUGGAACCGGCUUUGAGACCAUAUCGACGGGUCCGUUUGUGAUGCGUUCCACGUGUCGCUAUUGCCAAGGCACACGGCAGUACAUCAAAUAUCCGUGUGCCGAGUGCGAGGGCAAGGGGAAGACGGUGCAGCGGCGGAAGGUGACGGUGCCCGUGCCGGCGGGCAUUGAGAACGGACAGACAGUGCGGAUGCAGGUGGGCAGCAAGGAGCUGUUUGUCACGUUCCGUGUGGAGAGCAGUGACUACUUCCGUCGUGAUGGCGCCGACGUGCACACGGACACACCCAUCUCGCUCUCCCAGGCGGUACUGGGCGGCACUGUGCGUGUCCAGGGCGUCUACGAGGAUCAGUGGCUGAACAUUGAGCCGGGCACGUCAUCACAUCGCAAGAUUGCACUGCGCGGCAAGGGAUUGAAGCGGGUGAAUGCCCACGGACAUGGUGAUCAUUAUAUACACAUUAAAAUUGACAUACCCAAGAAGCUGAGCAAGCAGCAACGCGCCUUGCUGGAAGCCUAUGCUGAGCUGGAGCAGGACACGCCCGGACAGAUCCAUGGCAUGGCCCAACGGAAAGAUGGCAGUAAGAAAGCAACCGCAGGUGCGAGUGAAACAACUACAGACACCAGAAAAGGAGCAGCAGGAACAGCUGACAGCAGCAACCAAAACACGAACAGGUCCGAAGCGGAAACAGAAACAGAAGAGCCGAAGAGCGGACACCAAAGCGAAAGCGGAAGCGGAAGUGGAGGCUUCUUGAACAAAAUUAAAUCCAUGUUCAACUAAGUUGAAUUGUGCUUGUUAAUCAAUGUUUUGUAAUGGCCAUUGGUCGAAACGUUGCAAAUUUUGUUAAAUUGCCUUUUAAGUUUAUGUAAUCUUGGGGGGCUAUUCCAAAAAAAAAAA